AUGGGUCCCUCCCGGCUUGUGCUCCCGUUCAAGACAAAGCUCGGGCUCUGGUGGCUUCUUCUGAUCCCGGCAGUAUCCUCGGAGAGGGCCCCCCACACCCAAGCUGAGGACCGCCUCUUCAAACACCUCUUCAGGGGCUACAACCGCUGGGCGAGGCCAGUGCCCAACACCUCAGACGUGGUGAUCGUGCGCUUCGGGCUGUCUAUCGCCCAGCUCAUCGAUGUGGAUGAGAAGAACCAGAUGAUGACUACCAACGUCUGGCUAAAGCAGGAGUGGAGCGACUACAAGCUGCGCUGGAACCCGGUUGAUUUCGGCAACAUCACAUCCCUCCGCGUCCCUUCGGAGAUGAUCUGGAUCCCAGACAUAGUCCUCUACAACAAUGCAGAUGGGGAGUUCGUGGUGACCCACAUGACCAAGGCCCACCUCUUCUCCUCGGGCAUGGUGCACUGGGUACCGCCCGCCAUCUACAAAAGCUCCUGCAGCAUCGACGUCACCUUCUUCCCCUUCGACCAGCAGAACUGCAAGAUGAAGUUUGGCUCCUGGUCGUACGACAAGGCCAAGAUCGACCUGGUGCAGAUGGAGCAGACGGUGGACGUGAAGGACUACUGGGAGAGCGGCGAGUGGGCCAUCGUCAACGCCACGGGCACCUACAACACCAAGAAGUACGACUGCUGCGCCGAGGUCUACGCCGACGUCACCUACUACUUCGUCAUCCGGCGCCUGCCACUGUUCUACACCAUCAACCUCAUCAUCCCCUGCCUGCUCAUCUCCUGCCUCACCGUGCUGGUUUUCUACCUGCCCUCCGACUGCGGGGAGAAGAUCACGCUGUGCAUCUCUGUGCUGCUCUCGCUCACCGUCUUCCUGCUGCUGAUCACCGAGAUCAUCCCCUCCACCUCGCUGGUCAUCCCACUCAUCAGCGAGUACCUGCUCUUCACCAUGAUCUUCGUCACCCUGUCCAUCGUCAUCACCGUCUUCGUGCUCAACGUCCACCACCGCUCCGCCAGCACCCACAACAUGCCCCACUGGGUGCGGGUGGCCUUUCUGGGCUGUGUGUCCCGCUGGCUUCUCAUAAGCCGGCCAUUGCCACCCAUGGAGCUCCGAGACCCUCCGGAUCUGAAGCUCUGCCCCUCCUAUCGCUGGCUGGAGACCAACGUGGAUGUGGAGGAGAGAGAGGAGGAGGAGGAGGAAGGCAGAUGGGCGUGUGCGGGCCCUUUGUCCCCCUCCGUGGGCGUCUACACCCAUGGGAGUCUGCACCCAGGGGCCUCGGGUCCCAAGGCAGAGGCCCAGGUGCCGGACGGCGGGCUCCUGCUGUCCCCUCGGGUACAGAAGGCCCUGGAGGGUGUGCACUAUAUUGCUGAUCACCUGCGGGCUGAGGAUGCUGAUUCCUCGGUGAAGGAAGACUGGAGGUACGUGGCCAUGGUCAUUGAUAGGAUAUUCCUCUGGUUGUUUAUCCUCGUUUGCUUCCUGGGGACCGUCGGACUCUUCCUCCCUCCCUUCCUGGCUGGAAUGAUCUGA